AUCGGCUCCUCCUCUGGGCUCGCGAAACCCUAUUUCCGUCACUGUCAACCAUUUUUAUGUUUUCCGAAUUUUCCUAACAUUUUUCUCUGCAGAAUCCAAACCCUAACCCCAGUUCCUUUCAGAAAGCAUAGCUCGUGUUCAUCGUCAGAUUUAACUAGUAGAAUAAGCAGCAAAUGGGAGAAAACAAGGAGAACGACGCUUACGAGGAGGAGCUUCUCGACUACGAGGAAGAAGACGAAAAAGCCCCAGAUUCCGUAGCCGCUAAAGUCAACGGCGAGUCCGCCAAGAAAGGAUAUAUUGGAAUUCACAGCUCCGGUUUCAGAGAUUUUCUACUAAAGCCAGAGCUACUGCGAGCCAUUGUGGAUUCAGGGUUUGAGCAUCCAUCUGAAGUGCAACAUGAAUGCAUUCCCCAAGCUAUUUUGGGUAUGGAUGUAAUUUGCCAAGCCAAAUCUGGAAUGGGGAAAACUGCAGUAUUCGUUCUAUCAACUUUGCAACAGAUUGAACCCAUUGCCGGUCAAGUUGCUGCCCUAGUUCUAUGUCAUACCAGAGAAUUAGCUUAUCAGAUCUGUCAUGAAUUUGAGAGGUUCAGCACAUAUUUGCCUGAUAUCAAGGUUGCUGUUUUUUAUGGUGGUGUUAACAUAACAAUUCACAAGGAUCUUCUAAAGAAUGAAUGCCCUCACAUUGUUGUCGGAACUCCUGGAAGAAUUCUUGCCUUAGCAAGGGAAAAGCAUCUUUCCUUGAUGAAUGUGAGGCAUUUUAUACUUGAUGAAUGUGAUAAGAUGCUUGAUUCACUUGACAUGAGAAGAGAUGUUCAGGAGAUUUUCAAGAUGACUCCUCAUGACAAACAGGUGAUGAUGUUCUCAGCAACUCUCAGCAAGGAGAUUCGUCCAGUUUGCAAGAAGUUUAUGCAAGAUCCAAUGGAGAUUUAUGUUGACGAUGAGGCCAAAUUGACUCUUCAUGGACUUGUACAGCACUACAUCAAAUUGACAGAAAUGGAGAAAAACCGGAAGCUGAACGACUUGCUUGAUGCUUUGGAUUUCAAUCAAGUAGUUAUCUUUGUCAAGAGUGUGAGUAGAGCGGCCGAGCUGAACAAGUUACUUGUUGAGUGUAACUUUCCGUCUAUCUGCAUCCACUCUGGGAUGUCCCAGGAGGAGAGAUUGACACGUUACAAGGGUUUCAAGGAGGGGCAUAAGAGGAUUCUUGUGGCAACUGAUUUGGUUGGCAGGGGCAUUGAUAUUGAACGGGUUAACAUUGUCAUUAACUAUGACAUGCCUGAUUCUGCUGAUACGUACCUUCAUAGAGUUGGUAGAGCUGGAAGGUUUGGCACCAAAGGUCUUGCCAUUACAUUUGUUUCAUCUUCAUCUGAUUCAGGUGUACUCAACCAGGUUCAAGAAAGAUUUGAAGUCGAUAUCAAAGAGCUUCCUGAGCAGAUUGACACAUCCACAUAUAUGCCGUCCUAGAGAAGUUGGCUGGCAUCCUCUCCAAUAGUGCCCCAAGGUUUUCUUGAAUGAUGCAGAAUGAAAGGGGUGCACGCUACCGGGUUUUUUGGCUUUUGUUGGUCUGUACUAUUAAAUAGUUGAAUCAAUUAUUUUCAGAGAUACUGGUGGCCAUUGGCAACUCUCUGCUUUAAUCAUCCUGUCAUUACUGUACCCUUUAAUGAAACAUAGCCGGUUUAGCCGAGUGUACUAAGUUUGUAUUAACCUCAAAUCUUCAAUCUAUUUGCUGAUUAAAUCUAUAUUAAGUUAAUCAGGAUCAUUUGAAAAAUCAUCA